CCCCGACGGCGCAAUGUACAAACCUCCGCUCUCCGCAACCAAACUUUCCCCACAGUCGGCGCCCCUUGAUGCCCCUAGCGACCAUCUACACCACCCCGAGAACGAGCACAUCUCGGUCGCCUUCGUCAAGGGACCGAAGAGAAAGCGGCUCAGCAAGGCAUGCGAUGCCUGCCAUAAGAGCAAACGCCGGUGCGAUGGAACCGCGCCUUGCGCAAACUGUUACUACGCAUCAAAGACCUGCACGUACACAGAUGCCGCCGGUCGACCCGUGCCGGCGCCCAGAAACACCAAUCCUGAACGCCCUGUUACGGCCGCCGUAGCCACGGUCUCCCCGACCGGCGAGGCGCCGCCAUGGGCUGGCCACGCAACCGCAGCAGCCCCUCCAACUAGCCCGCAAAAUGGCAUCGAGCGCGACCCGACCACCAAACGAUCCCGGCGCGGUGUGCCCGGCGGAGCACCGAGCCCUACACAGACGUCGGUGUCGCCAGAUGACUGCGACUCGACAGUACUGGAUCCGGCGACAACCCACGAGCUCGUGAACAUCUUCUUCGCACACUGCAAUCCCCAGCGGAUGAUCCUUCACAAGCCCUCUUUCUCCGCCAACCUCAGUCUCAACAAAGUGCCAAGACACCUUGUUUUGGCAGUAUGCGCAAUCGCCGCGCCGCUCUCGAGGACAGUCGCCUCCAAGGCGUCCCAUGCGCGUCUCGCGGGCGUGCCAUUCUUCCAGGAGGCUCUCUCGCUGAUGUUCGACAACUCUGGGCGAUUACUUUGUGAACCUUGCGUGAGCACUGCUCAGGCACUUUGUUUGCUCGAGAUGCACGAAGUGGCGGCCAGCCACUCGUGGACCCGUCACUACAGGUACUUCGAGCUUGCGCUGCAGGUGCUCGAGGGAAGUCUGGAGGUGCAUCACUCAGACAACGCAACGCCGCCUUCGCCAACAAACUCAGAGGCACUCAUCGACUUCAUUGACCGUGAAUGUACUCGGCGUUGCUUCUGGCUCAUCCAAAUCAUGGCGUGGAUUAGCAACAUCUACACCCGCAAACCCAUUCGCCCGCGGAUGGCUGAGCUCGCGGAACUCGUGCGAUUGCCCAUCGACGAGACGACUUUCGAGUUGGCUAUGUUGUCGAGCUCCGCCACGUCGGAGUACCUUCGCCGUCCUGCACCGCGGACGCGGUAUGCAUCACAGUACGGGCACAUGUGCCGGAUACUGGAAAUACAUCACAACGUGGAAACUAUACUCGCCACUAAAGAUGGACCAGAACGCGUGUCUGCCAUCGCAGCGGUCAGGCCCACGUUUGACGCAUGGCUCGAGUCCCUGCCAAGUCAUCUGCAGUUCACAGAGGAGAACUUGGAGACGCAAGUCGCCAUGUUCGAGACAUCGUCAAACUCAGGCGCGUGGUGUUAUUGCUUCAUGCACGCGAUGUACCCGUGUUGCUAUCUCGCCAUACUUGAGGGCGAGGGAACACUCUCGGAGCCGAUACCGUGGGUCCGGGAGCAGCUGAAUAUGAUUUUCACCGCCGCCGGGACCCGCGCGAAGACUUCCAUACUUUCGGCCUGCGCCCUUUGGUCUUAUAGCAAGUACAACCCGGACGACCCGCAGGUGCAAGUGUGGGACCGCGACUUCGAGAAGGUCUGGGGUUUCAAGGUCGUCCUAGUCGCCGAGCAGUGGCGCCAGAGCCAGGCCAUCCAACGGCAGCAGGCCUCGGCCACCGCGGCCGCCCAACAACAGCAGCAACAGCAGCAACAAAUGUACCAGCCGCGCGACCCGAAGUCAGCGUCGGGCUCGCCGCCAUCGGCGCACUCGUCUCCGGGGGCAGCAGCGAGCAGCUCGCCGUACGACGGCCGGCGGGACGGGAAUGCACGUACGCUGCUGCGUUCUCAUGCGUCUAUGUCCGACCUGGAUGUGGCGUACUCGCCGACGGCACAGACGAAUCUGCCGUCGCUGAAGGCGAGCGGCCUGCUCGACUCGUGGAAGCCGCCAUCGGACGCGUUCGCGAACGCCCUUUCGCUCGGCACCCAGAGUCAGAGUCAGAGUCCGUCCGCGACUCGCGUCGCGCAAGGUCAAACGAUACAGCAAGGACUUCCGGGCGUAUCAAACGGCGUUGCGCCCGUUGGGCUGGACUGGCUCACAGACGGGGGCUCGCGCCAAUAACGGAGGAGAGGACGCGGCGUCACCCUGCUGUGCUACGGAGAUGUAGCAUAUUGUGAUAGGCUUUCUUGGGUCACGGACUGGCGAGGUGUUGUGGGGUCGCGUGAGACUCGAUAUCGAUGUACAUCCAGAGGUUAUUUGCUCUAUGGAGCGCAGGGGGUGAAAGUUGCUUGGGGUAUUCGCCUUUGUAAUUAUACAAUCUGUGAUAUUGACCGUAUCGAGUCGUUCGUAGUCCGAUGGCCUGUGCGAGAAAGUACGAACGGGUCUGGUCCUAUGGCAUGAACAAACACCGCGGCAGACGAGCGUGUUUACGCUUCCACUUUGUGCAGGUUGCGGUGCAGCUCAGGCUUGACAAGGACGACACGGUCGAGCAGCUUCUUGACCACCUUAUCCUUGCUCGCCUCGUAUUGGGCACGGAUCUCCUUCUGCUUUCCCUCGGUCUCCUUGUCCACAGAGACCUGGGCUGCCUGCGUGGUGCCUGCAUGCGAUGCCUCAAAGGCCUUGAAUUCGGCCUCUUUCUGCUUCUUGUACUCCUCUAUCUCUUUUGCGGCCUCGGAGCGCGCAUCUUUGAGCCUCUGAACGCGGUAUUGGCGUGCCUGCUGCACUACCUUCGCGGCCUCCUUCUCGGCCUCGAGGAGAGUCUGGAUGCUCUGUGAUUGUUGGCCAGCCUGUUUGUCCGUCGUUCAGCACAUAGUUCGGGACGCACAGGGCUGG